AUGAGCUACAUAACUGACAGCAAACUUGAGUUUGAGGACGAGCAAGAUCCCGUUAGCCCACCAAAUUCUCCCCAACUUGCGGCCACACACGCUCAGGCUAUUGCCAAAAAGGUUGCAAGCAUUAACUUGGAUCCAGGCAACACUGUUGCGCGUGACUACGCUGCAUUAUGCUGUGAGGAGUUUGGCCUCACAGACUUGGACAAGGCCGACGUUGUGCGGGUGUCUCAGAUGCAUGCGCAGUUUAUUGCAAUUUGUCAGUACACCCGGGUAGUUGCGUUAACCCAACAUAUCACCCAGUCGCUCACCAAGUCUUUCUUGCUCUCAACCAAAUUCAAGGACCACGUGACUCGUUGCAUCCAGGCCACAUUUCUGGAUGCGACUAUUCCGACUUACGUGCGUGGCAGCACUGCUCGCCUCAUUCAACACAUGCAGGAAAACCCUGUUGCGGCAGUUGCAAGCAAUUUUUGUGGCAAUAUGCGGCGGAAGAUCAAGAAAUCAAUGGUUGAUAACUUGGAUAUUGGCACAUUAGCCGCCAAGUUAUGCGUUAAGGGCUACCAGCCGACUAACAAGCACUGGAGACGUUUUGCACUCUUACGAUCCUACAUGGCCAAUUGGGAGAAGCUCCCGUGCCACCCUGGAAGGGGGCGCAGAACACCUUGCUGGUCAUUCAUCGACACAAAGCUUGACAAGCUCCGAAUCCGCUGCACAAAACCCACAAAGGCCGCUACGGAAGCGGCAGUCAAAAGUGUGCUCAAGGGGAUCUUGAAGCGCGACCAGGAAUGGCACAUUGGCCCCACCUCGGGACCAACAAAGCUACCAGCCCGUAGCCAGAUUGCCAAGUGGCAGCGGGAUCAUGCGAAGGCCGUUGCCAAUAUGUUGGAGUACACGGUUGAGGCCUACCCCGACAAAGAUGACGACGAGGAUGCUCCCGACGGUGGCGAACCCCAGACGCCCAAUUGUAGUAGCACCGGUGAUGGCGCCCCGCAAAAGGACAAUUGUGAAGCCCCGCAGAUGAAUGCCGGAGGCGAUAACAUAGAACCCCAAGUCAACAAUGGUCGUGCUCCACGCGUUCUUGUCCCAGAAACUCAGGAUUCUCAAUCCAUGGGUGGUACACAACAAGGAUGGACUGGCGGAGCAUUGGUGGAUUGCCAUCAGCGCCCUACGCAUACCACAUCCCCUAUCUCACGUCCCAAUGCAGCUUUGACAUUCCAGCACCGUCCAAAUUAG